CCCACCGUUAGUACUAUCAAGUUGAGACCCACACGAAAAAACGACGACGACCCGCCUAACGACGAACGACUUUCCGCGCCCCACCCGCCCUACGCCCAAUUUCCGGUACUUCCGCAUCUACAAUAAAUCAACAUGGAGUCAACCAAGGUCGCCGUUAAGCUUGUCAAGGUUUCGAAGGUCCUCGGACGUACCGGAUCCCGUGGAGGAGUGACCCAGGUCCGCGUUGUGUUCCUCGACGACACGACCCGAUCGAUCAUCCGUAACGUCAAGGGACCCGUCCGCGAGCACGACAUCCUGUGCCUCCUCGAGUCCGAGCGCGAGGCCCGCAGACUGCGAUAAACGGCGCAAACAAAAAAUGGGCAUCUGUUGAGGAGGAGGAUCGUUGUAGGGAUGGGGCAAGGGGGAAUGGUGAUUAUGAAAAGUGGGGGGGAAAGGUUGCGCUGCUGCUGUUUUUUCACCCCAACACAUGUCAUUCUCUGGUUCCGUAAUUGCAAAAAAACGGAUCACUUCCCCACCAUAUUACCAUCUUCCUUCUACUACGAAUGCUGGCUGGCUGUUGCGAUACUGGUGUUCAUUCCUUUUUCUGAUUUUCUGGGCGCGCAAGGUGGAAUUUGGGGUUGGAUAAUGCAAAAUACACACUCACGCGCGUCCACGAUC